AUGGAGGAGAGAAGUGUGAAGCUCUCAGACGGUCUGGGGGAGGAAGUGCUGCUGUAUCUGACGGGUUCAGGAAACCAUCACAGCUUCAGUAUGACCGGCGACACUUUGCUCUGCGUCUUCUUGUCUCUGCAGAUCUCCAGCAGUCCUGCUGCAGGGGAUCAGAUGAACGGAUCAGCAGGAGGAGAUUUCUCAGGAUUUUGUGGCUCUUCUUUCUCUGGAACCAGGAAGAUCUUCUGCAGGGAAAACUGUGGAGAAGGAAACGUUCUGGUAGAAACUAAGGAGGAUUCAGCUGCAAACGGACGAUACAGCAUUGAAUAUGUCAGAGGUCAAGUGCCAAACAUUUACAGCUUAUUGGUGAAGAUCUCAGGCCUGACUGGGUCGGACUCGGGUCGGUACCGAUGUGGUUUGGGUAAAUCCUACCAGGAUUUCACUCUCAGUGUUUCAGGAGUUUCAACUUCCAGACCAUCAACCAGUUGGAGCUCCAGUUCAGAAAGUUUUACACCUUCAGUUUCCUCUGGAAUCACCAGCCAGUCGGUUCCAACCCAAGAGAACCCAACAACAUCUGACUGUUCUCCUUCCCAAACCGCUGCAGAUGUUCAGCUGUUUGUGCUUCCAGUGCUGGCCGUCACCGCCGCCCUGCUGGCUGCGAUGAUGAUGAAGGUUUUCUGCAGAAGAUCAAAGAAACCUCAAACAGAUUCUGCUGUGGAAAUGCAUCAAAGUCCUGCUGCCUGUGAGACGACCAGAAUCGAUGAUGACGAUGAUGUCAGAGAGGAAGACGGGCGGUGGAGAUCUGCUGACGUGGAGAUCUACGUGGCGUACAUCGACGCCAUAAGCAGCUCUGUGACUGCAGCUGCUCAGCAGCGCCAAGCUCCAGAUGAUCAAGAGGAUGAAGCUGAGGUGAAUUUCUCCAGCAGACUGUUGGACUCGGCUCUCAGAGCCGCUGGAGGCUGCAGCAGAGUUACUGUUCUCAGAGACUCACCGUCUACAACAACCAGCCUGAAGUCCUGGAAUGAAGCUGAUGAUGAUGAUGAAGAGUCGGUCAAACCACAUCGGUACCGGCCGGCGUCGGACCGGGUCAGCUCUGAGAUGCUCACAUACAACCGAGUUUCCCUGCAGAAGAACUUCAAGGCUCCAGAUGAGAAAGAGACACAUGAAAUCAAGACGUCUUCCCCAGGCUGCAGAAAAUAA